CAGCCGUGCCCAGGCGCCGGGGAAGAUGCUGCUGCCGCGGCUGGUCCUGCCCGGCUGACGCCCCGCCGCUCCCGCCGCCGCCGCACCCCCGUCCCCAUUGUCCCCCGGCCGCCUCCGGCUCCAUGAGCGCCUCCUCCUCCCUCCUCCUCUGAGCUUCCCGCCCUCCACCUCAUGGCUGCAUCGGAAGAAGGGACCGGCUGCUUUCUCCCGCGAGGCAGGUCGCAGAGUGACCCCAGCAUCCUCACGGAGCCCGCGGGCCCCGGGGAGCACCCAGAUGAGAUGGAGCAGUCCCCUGCAGUGCGUUCUGACUACUUGGUCUCAGGGAUUCGAACUCCACCAGUGAGGAGGAACAGCAAACUGGCAACACUGGGCAGGAUCUUCAAACCGUGGAAGUGGAGGAAAAAGAAAAAUGAGAAGCUAAAGCAGACAUCUGCAGUGCUGGAGAAGAAGAUGACAGCACGGCAAGGGAGGGAUGAACUCAUUAAGAAAGGCCUUCUGGAGAUGAUUGAACAAGAUACUGAAGGCAAAGCCUGCACUGGUGACGAUGGCACGAGGGUGACACAGAGCGAGGCUCCAGCAGCUGUGUGCCAGGCACUCACCUCAGAGGAGGAGCAGCAGGACACCACAACUGCAGCCACAACAAAUAUGACCUCCUUUGGUGAGGAGCUGCACUUGGAUGAGCUGAAAGAAGAUGCAGCCAAGAAACCUUCAGCACCCACGGAAGAACUGGAAGAUGCCAGCCUGCCAGCAUCUGAAGACAGUCCACAAGCCUUACUUGUACCUGAAUCCACAGAUUCCCCCCAGAAGCAGACAGAAAGAAACCCAGCACAGCUUCCCAGCCCUCCAUUGCUCCCAGCUCCACCACCUAAGGCAAUCUCCAAAAUCACCAAGAGCAUAACAGCAGGAAGCGAAACGGACGAUCCAGCCAUGAAAUCUCCUCCUUCCACCAUCCUGAAGAACUAUGUCAUUGUGGGUUCCUCCCAAAUCUCAGGACAAGCUGCCCUCUUCCACCCCUCUGGCCAGAAAAGCUGCGAGCCCCAUGGCAGAGGCCAGGUAACAACGCCCACCGGGUCCCCUCACCUGGCUGCCGUUCAUCUGCCUUUACCUCCCAGCAGAGUCAUUGAAGAACUCCACAGGGCUCUGGCCACCAAACACCGGCAGGACAGCUUCCAUGGAAGAGAAAGCAAAGGCUCUCCAAAAAAAAGGGUGGAUGUCCGUCCCUCGAGAACGUCGAGUAUGGAGCGCAACAAGGAGAAGGAGAACUCGCUGAGUUAUGGCAGUGACUCAGAAAACAAGAGGAACUCAGUUAAAGAGUCUGAUGAGAACAAAGAAAACAUGAUCAUGAACUCAGAGCUCAAGGAAGAGUCUGUUUUUUAUCAGGAUGAAGAAGUUCUGAACGACUCUGUUAUUUCUGGUACUUUGCCAAGAAAAUGCAAGAAAGAGCUGCUGGCAGUGAAGCUACGGAACAGACCGAGCAAGCAGGAGCUGGAAGACAGGAAUAUUUUCCCAAGGAGAACAGAUGAGGAGAGACAGGAAAUCCGGCAGCAAAUUGAAAUGAAACUCUCAAAGCGACUCAGCCAAAGACCCGCUGUUGAGGAGCUAGAAAGAAGGAAUAUACUGAAACAACGAAAUGAUCAAACGGAACAGGAGGAGAGGAGGGAAAUCAAGCAGAGACUGACAAGAAAGCUUAACCAGAGACCUACAGUUGAUGAACUGAGAGACAGAAAGAUCCUGAUUCGAUUCAGUGAUUAUGUGGAAGUGGCAAAAGCACAGGACUACGACAGGAGAGCAGAUAAACCAUGGACACGACUGUCAGCAGCAGACAAGGCAGCAAUUCGGAAGGAGCUGAAUGAAUACAAAAGUAAUGAAAUGGAGGUUCAUGCAUCCAGCAAACAUUUGACAAGAUUUCACAGGCCAUAGAAAUUUUCUUCUGAGAAGAAUCUGUCUUUACUUUUUGAUAUUGCUGCUGAACACACAUCAGGGAACCCUGAAGCCUUUCCCUGAGGUUCAGUGCAGGCUCCCUGGACGUUGAUGUGACAGAAGGACUCUGCAGUGAAGCCUCUGCAGCCCUUGGGGACAGACGCCAGCCCCGAACCCUGGAGGCAGAGUCUGGCCUGAGGAGUGGGACAAGCUGCUGAAAAGACUGAAGUGAAGCUGCUUGGAAGAGCCUCCUCCUCUCCUUUCCCAGCUGAGUGGAACUGGUGUGCAGGCUGCCUUGGAAAAGGAGAUGCUGUGCAUGUACAGGCUUUACCAUUCCAAGGCCUCUGACAUAAAUGGACGUGACACUCUGUCAUCCAGUAUUACGUUGACAAGACAUUUUGAACUUACCACAAUUAGUUUGUAAAACACCUAAGUUCAUGUUCUAAAAACUAAUUUAAUGUAUUAUAAUUUCAUUCUUUUUUAUAUACUGUCUAACAGAAUCACAGCUGCAAGCAUUUUUGAUUCCUGUUACUUUUCUUCUUUAAUUAAAUGACUACUUAUUGCAGGAAAUGAA